GUGGCAUUAUUCUAUUGUCGGGGUAGGUUAGGUAGACGCGUACCCCUGCAGUCGGCGCAGUAUGCAUGCACCCUGGGACGGUGCAUGAUUGACAUAAUUACGCGCGGACGCAGGUACGAGGGGGGCCGGUCGCCAGUCGAGCCGCGACCGGCGCCGAGCGAGCGCGUCACUACGCAGGGCACAGCGCAGGCAUGCAAGAAAACCAGUCGGCGGAAUGGCGCGCCGCGUGAAAGCAGCGCCAUGUUGAAGCAUGCGCAGCGGCCGCCGGCGGCGAGCGAUGCUGACCACCGUUACCAGAACAUGCCGCGGCGGCCGCACCACCACUUACCCCUCAACGUAUCGACACUAGAUUCCUCAAAGCACUCUGUUGGCGGUACCUCCGCCAGCGUCAGCCCUGGCGCCCAACCGGCUUCAAAUCCCGCCCCCGUGCCGGUGGUACAACCGAUACCUGUGGCGUCACCACCGAAGAUCGCCAACGGCAACGCUCCCGGAUUAUCAACAAGGACAGCACCUGCGAGAGGGAGGAGCACGCGAGCGGCGACGGAAGAAGCCCUCACUUCACUAGCGCUGCUAUGCCUCGUGAGCCUACUUUUAGCGCUUCUGGCGCUCCUGUUCCUUCUGAAGAUCUCCGCGCCCGCUACCAGUGCCCCCGAGGAGUUUGCAGUGGUGUACGAAGUGACGUUAGCAUUGUGCGCGUUGACGCUCUCACUGAACCUUUGCUGUCUUCUCGUGUGUGCAAUACAGUUCUUGUUCGCCGUAAAGUUGGUCCAUUCCCCAUCGGCGCCGAACGGCCGAUCGAACAAGUACCUUCAAAAGUCAGCGAUAACAAGAGUGUGUGCCGUAGGAGGCUUCUUCAUAUCAAUACCCGUGUUUUUAACAGGUAUAAUCCUGUACACCUUCAUUCAAUUCCACUCAACUCCGGCCAUAGUGACGUCGGUGUUCAUCGGAGUGGGCAUAGUGUUCUGCGGCUGCGCAAUGGUUCACAACGUGUUCGUGUGGCAGAAAGAGAAGACUAAUCUAGUUAAAGCGAUAAGGACGCAAGAAUUGAACACAACGAGUGCGACAACGAAUCUGAAUACAUCGAACGGUGUCCUUUUGAACGGACAUUUGAAUAAUACGGGCGUUGGCAAUCUUAGCUUCCACAGUAUGGCGGGAGCGCCGUAUACGCAUCCUAUAACGCUGCUGCAGCAAGGAGGACCGUACAUUAUCAGGCCUCCGACGAGCACGCCGCCGGGCGAGGGUGCUGCCACCCCGGGAGUACCCGCCGCCACCAUAGACCUCAGCCACGAUGCUCAUGAGCUGAGCACGCUCGUCUAAUCACGGGAACCACAGAGAACCCUCACCUGACCACAAACAAAGGCACUGGACGAUAUUACAUCUGUUGGUCAGCUCCUCGCCACCAUCGACUUUAGCUUUACUUACUCAGCACGCUUGUCUGAUGACAAAAACCACAGAGAACCUCCACCUGACCACAAACAAAGGCACCCGAUGGACGAUAUCACGUCUGUCGGUAAGUUCCCAGCCACCAUCGACCUCAGCCACGACUCUCAUGAACUGAGCACGCUCUUCUGAUUCCAAAACCCACAGAGAACCCCCAUUGAUCGCAUACAAAGGCACCCGCUGGACGAUACUAUGUCUGUCGGUUUGCUCCUCGCCAACAUCGACUUUAGCCACGACGCUCAUGAGUUGAGCACGCUCGUCUAAUCACGGGAACCACAGAGAACCCCCACCUGACCACAUAUAAGGCCACCCGCUGGA